AUGGCCGCCGAAGCCAUCAUCAAUGCUACGAUGCCCCUGCAUCCGUAUUUCCCCCUGGAUGCCCCCCUCAAGGACUACGUCGAGAACAAGCUCGGAGCCCUGGCUCUCUGCAGCACCUUCGCAGCCGGCACGAUUGCCAUCCUCGCUCCGACGCACAACAUCAUCCGAAGGACAAACCCGCGUCUCUCCAAUGGCGAGAUUGCUACGGCGUUGUGGUUUGUCCUCUGCGGCUUCAUCCACUUCUUCUUUGAAGGCUACUUCGCCUACAACCAAUCCCACAUGCCCCGCAUGACCGACAUCUUCGGCGAGCUCUGGAAAGAGUACUCCAAGUCCGACUCGCGCUACCUGACCCAGGACUCCUUCGUGGUCUGUAUGGAGUCCAUCACCGCACUCUUCUGGGGCCCCAUGUCCUUCGCCUGCGCCUACUUCAUCGCCACCGACCACCCGCUCCGACACCCGUUCCAGAUGAUCAUCAGCCUAGGACAGCUGUACGGCGAUGUGCUCUACUACGCCACCUGCACGUUCGACAAGGUUGUCGAGAAACUCGUGUACUGCCGCCCUGAAGACUACUACUUUUACUGCUACUACAUCCUGAUGAACGCCUUCUGGAUCGUCAUCCCGUUGUUUUUGUUGGUCAAGAGCUCGGUCGAGGUGAAGAGGGCCUUUGCGGCGUUGAAGACGAUCAAGAGUGGCGCGGAGAAGAAGAAGCUCUGA